UCUUUAUGUUGAGCCUUAUUAUCUCUAGAGUUUUUUUUUAAAAAAAAGAAAGAAAAAAUAUAAAGAGAAAGUUUAGCCAUUGUGUCUACCAAGUCUCGACUCCAAACACAGUAACUUUGGUUUUGACAGGUGGGACAAAGCCACAAGCCUUCACCUCCACCCCACACGACUACCAAGCGCCACCACGUGUAUCCCCAUUCCCACAACUCGGACUCCACAGGAAACUCCCGCUUUCUCUCUUUCACCCAUAAAUAUAUAUAAUACACACACACAUAUAUAUAUAUAUAUAUGUAUACACAUAUUACGUUCAAUAGUCAAGCUUUGCCCACCAUUAACGACUGUCCCACCUUCCUUUCUUCCUCCUCUAUCUUUCCUCAUCUGGGUUUUUAUUUAUCUUUGUAGUGGAUCAGAAAAUCUUGGGUUUCUACCAUUUAUUUGAGAAACGACAAUAGAGUACAUAGGAUUUGUAUUGUCGUUUGAUCUAAGUCCAGCAAGAUAUGAAUUGGAAGAGUGAUUUCAGAGAGCUUCGGCCUCUGUUUCAUCUGUUGUUGCCACUUUGUGUUCAUUGGAUUGCUGAGGAAAUGACUGUGUCAGUACUUGUGGAUGUUACUACUGGGGCUCUUUGUCCAGACCAGUCUACUUGCUCUCAAGCCAUUUACAUCAAUGGUAUUCAGCAAACGAUUGUUGGAAUUUUCAAGAUGGUGGUGCUUCCACUUCUUGGUCAGCUUGCUGACGAGCAUGGGCGUAAACCACUGCUCAUUCUAACAGUGUCAACAACCAUAAUUCCCUUUGCAUUGCUUGCUUGGAAUCAAUCUAAGGGAUUCGUGUAUGCUUACUAUGUGCUUCGAACGAUUUCAUACAUCAUAAGUCAAGGGAGUAUCUUCUGCAUUGCUGUUGCUUAUACAGCAGACGUUGUUAGUGAUGGUAAAAGAGCCGCGGUCUUUGGUUGGAUCACAGGCCUGUUUUCUGCAUCACAUGUUUUAGGAAAUUUUCUGGCACGUUUCCUUCCGGAGGGAUACAUCUUUUUGGUUUCAAUAACUCUGCUGAUCUUUUGUCCGGUUUAUAUGCAACUGUUUCUGACUGAGACAGUUAAACCAGCUCCCAAGAGUGACAAAGAUUCAGCUUGCCUGACCAAGACACUUAUGGUUAUCCAAAAACGAUUUGUAUCAAUGAGAGAUUCUGCAACAUUAGUAAUGAGCAGUCCAACACUCAGGAGCAUUUCUCUGGUUUCUUUCUUCUAUGAGUUGGGAAUGUCAGGAAUCAGCAGUGUUCUGCUGUACUAUCUAAAGGCAGCUUUUGGUUUUGACAAAAAUCAGUUCUCAGAAAUUUUGAUGAUGGUUGGAAUAGGUUCUAUUGCUUCUCAGAUGGUGCUGCUUCCACUAAUGAAUCCAUUGGUUGGAGAGAAAGUAAUAUUGUGCAUUGCCUUACUUUCUUCAAUAGCUUAUGCAUUGCUCUAUGGAUUGGCUUGGGCAUCUUGGGUGCCGUACUUAAGUGCCUCAUUUGGAGUUAUCUAUGUUCUUGUGAAACCUGCUACUUACGCAAUCAUUUCAAAAGCAUCAAGCUCAACCAAUCAGGGAAAAGCACAAGGAUUUGUAGCUGGUGUGCAAUCCAUAGCAAGCUUGCUAUCGCCACUCGCUAUGAGUCCACUGACUUCAUGGUUCUUAUCAAACGAUGCCCCUUUCAACUGCAAAGGCUUCAGCAUAGUACUUGCAUCCAUUUGCAUGGUAAUAUCAUUCUGUUAUGCUUGCCUGAUAGAAACUGAAAAAAUCCCAAGCCAUGAUUCAGAGGAUGACAUUGAAAGACCCCUUCUAGCUUAAGUCUGAGUUGAAAAAGAAAAAGAAAAAGAAAAAGAGAAAGAAAAGGAAAAUAUAGUGUUGUUAGAGGAUUGUUUGUGAAUAUUAUGGCAUCCCUCGAAUUUUGUAAUGAUGUGUUGUAUAUUAGUGCAAAUGAUUUUUGGCUCUC